AUGAAAAUUACCAAAAACAUAAAAAAGAAAGUCCGAUUUUUUAAAAACGGUAAUAAGCCUGAAGUGUGUAUAAUUGACGAUUCUGAUUCACCAGUGCAUUCGGUAUCACUACUACCAAUGUUUUUCGACGAAGAGCACCUGUUAUCUUGGGACCACGGCGACCACCAUGAAGCAUUUAUAAACAAGGAGUUCCGAUCGCGGCCACAACGACAAGAACGACAACGCACUGGGAUUGCGAUGAUGUCUCCAAACUUUUGUCAAUUCAUGGAAGAUUAUUUUGAUUAUGACGCAAAUUUUAGAUGUGAAUCAGAAGAGCAGCAGGAGAUAGAAUGUGUAGUAGAAGUGCACGAGCCACCCGUCGGAAAACACUCGCCUACGUGUUCUCAGUCACUUCAAAGUCCAUCGCCACAGCUAACGCGCCAAUCAUCAUCAGGCCGGCCGUCUAUCCAGUCGCUAUCGAAUCCUUCUUCACCAACUCCACUACUGGCUGACUCAAUGUCAUCGUCACUUUAUCGGUCGUCCUCAUUACCAGCAAUGUCAACAUAUCGCUCGUCUGAUGAUGAAAGAGGUGAAUUUUCACCAAUGCAAUCACCUCCGUCUCAAUUACUUGAUGAUUCCUCAAUCUAUUCAUCGCCAGUAUCAAUACUUGAAACGUCGCCAAUCCACUCGCCUCCACCGGCUUUUGUUGAUAAAUUAGCAAUCUCAGGACCUUUAUCAAAUUUACAAGCUGAACCACAGGUAUACUCACCUCCACCACUGAUACACUCACCUCCACCAUCUUUCACUGAAAGGUCAACGACGCAGGUAUCUCCACCACCUUUUCUUAGAAUAUCACCAAUCCACUCGCCUCCACCAGCAUUUUCCGAAAAGCUCUCAGUCCAGCGAAAUUUGCCACCAUAUGCUGGUUUAUCAUCGACUCAUUCACUGCCCACAUCAUUAUAUAAAAAGACGCCAAUCUACUCAGCACCACCAAUACUUAAAUCAAUACCAAUUCAAGUACACCACCCUCGUGUUCCUAGAUCACAGCAUUUGCCACACUUAUCGCCGCGUGUAUCGUCACAAUGUGACUCACCACCACACAGUUCCCCGAUCCUAUCAGCAUAUUUCGCAUCCCAUAUAACCACCGUUCCACCUUUGCCGGGAUCGACUUCUUGUUCGUACCCGUGCGGCUUAUCGUCACUACCAUCUGUAGUGACGCAAUAUCAUUCAUCGCUAAUGUCACCUGCGUCGACUGGACGGCGUUUAUCACCGAUGACUUUUGUACAGUCACCAAACCGCUCAUCGCCGACGUCAACGAGAUAUUCUUCACGACGCUCAACAAUAGCGUCUUCAGAGAUGUCAUCGCUCUGUCCGUCUCUCCAACCACGGGUUUGUUGUCGGUCGUCACAAACGUCACCGCCAGACCUUUGUCGUCAGUCGACACAAACGUCCCAACCAGAUGUUUGUGAUCAAUCGUCACAAACGCCGUCAUCAUAUAUUUUCCAGCGGGAGUAA